AUGGGGCUUGGAGCCCCUGAUCCAGUGGGAGGUGUCCCUGCCCAUGGCAGGGGGUGGGACUGGAUGGGCUUGGAGGUCUCUUCUGAUACAAACCAUUCCAUGAUUCAGUAAUUAUUGGCAGGGCCAAUCAGGGAGGAAAAGGGCUGCUUUCAAGUGGAAAAAGCUAUGGAGCAAAGUCUCCUCACUUAUCUGGAACCUCGUGCUUUGCCUCUUUUCCUUGUCCUGGCUGUUCACAAACUCACCCCUGACCUCAUCCGAUCCGCUCUCCGUGCCUGUGCUGCUCCCAUCCCCUGCCUUUCGCAUCCCAUCUCUUCUGUGGGGCUCAGCCUGCGCCCCAGGAAUGGGGCAGGUCAGGCACAGCUCGGCUUCAUUUUCUCUUUUGAGGUUCAAUUUUCACCCCUCUCUGUAAGAAACAAUUUGAAGCUCUCUAGAGCUGCUCUAACCCCUCAUUCCUCCUUUUGGCCCAUCUGUGAGACCUCUUUGGGGAUGUUCGAGGAGACAGCACCCAUGGCUGGCCCCAGAGGGGACAGCAGGGUGGCAGGAUGCUGGAGCUCGGCAGGGUUCCUGCUGGCUCUGCUGGGCGGCACUGUGCGUGCCACUCCUUUGCGUGAGGGUGAAGGGCAGCUUCCUCGCCUCCUCCUCCUCGAUAUCUGCCCAUGCCAGGCAGAGGCAGCUCCCUCCCAAGGCAGGCAAGCGUCCCACACGGAAGUCAAGUCAUUGCUGGGUUCACAUGAGACCUCAGGCAAAGGAGCUGGGGAAGGAAACCACACACUGAGAGAAAUCCCUGGAGCCUCGCGGCUUGUCCUGCCUGCGGCUUCGGUGUCACCACCACAGCCAGCCCUGCAGGGACCUGCCUGGAGGAGCAAAGGGAGACAAGGGGGAAGAGAGGAGCUCUUCACCAUGCAGGAUGAAAUUCUGCUGACUCCCUGGAGCAAUUUUCCUGAGGAAGACAGGAACCCAUUUGUCCCCCGGGAUGAAGAGAAGUGGGAUUUCGUCCUGGUAAGCAAAAUCCAUAAUGUGGGCAGUGAGAAGGAGAUGAAGAGGAAGAAGUUCCUGGAUGAGCUGAGCAAGAAGGAGUUCACCAUCAAGAAAAUUGAGGACAAUGAGUUAUUUUAUGGAGUCCGUGCCCCACAACAUUACUUCCACAAGUACCAGUGGCUCCUGAGGAACCGCAACAGCAGGCUGCACACGCCCGACAUCUACGGCGAUGUCCCAGCAACCACCAGGAUACGGAUUGUGAACUUCAUCCUGAACAAAACAGUGACGUCCGACUUCGAGAAUCUGCACCACUUGAUGAAGAAGAAGGUCUUCAAGGCAGCGUUUCCCCUGCACGAGCAAGAAGAGCUAGAGGAGAUCCUAAAGGAGAAACGGGCUCACUGGAGAGAUUUAUUUUGCCAAGAGCUGAUUGAGAAGUACAGGUGCUACUUCGGUGAGAAGGUGGCCCUGUACUUCGCCUGGCUGGGCUGGUACACGUACCUGCUGGGUUUCGCCGCAGUGGUCGGGCUGGUGGUCUUCGUGGCUGGGAUUACGGUCUUCAACACCAGCCAGGUGAGCAAGGAGAUCUGUGAAGCCACUGACACCAUCAUGUGCCCACUCUGCGACCAGAAGUGCUCGUUCUGGCGGCUCUCCGAAACCUGCACCUACGCCAAGGUCACUCACAUGAUCGACAACGAGGGGACAGUUUUGUUUGCCAUGUUCAUGGCCAUCUGGGCCACUGUGUUCCUGGAGCUGUGGAAGAGGCGGAGAGCCACCGUGGUCACCGACUGGGACCUGUACAGGUGGGACGAGGAGGAGGAGGAGCUGGCUCUGGAGCUCAUCAAUAAUUUGCAGCAUGAACCCAGCAAGUACCAGCACUCCUACUUCCGCACCGCCAUCCUGCUCCUCUUGGUUCUGCUGAUGAUCGCUGUGCUGAUAGGCAUCACCCACGCGCUCGUCAUUUUCCGGGUGAUAGCAAUGGCUCUCUUCGCCCAGAGCAGCUUAGAGUUCCUCCGUGAGCAGGCCGACACAAUGGCAGUGAUGGCAGGGGCUGUGCUGCACUACGUCACCAUUGUCAUCAUGACCAAGGUCAACAAGCACGUGGCCCGCUUCCUCUGUGAGCUGGAGAAACCACGGACCUCCUCCCAGCAUGAGAACAACUUCACCAUGAAGAUGUUCACCUUCCAGUUCUUCACCAACUUCUCUUCACUUAUCUACAUCGCCUUCUUCCUAGGACGGAUCAACGGACACCCAGGGAACUAUGUGCGCAUUGCUGGCAAGUGGAGGCUGGAGGAGUGCCACCCCAGCGGCUGCAUCACCGACCUCUUCAUCCAGAUGGCCAUCAUUAUGAUGCUCAAGCAGACCAUCAGCAACUUCUUUGAGUACUUUUACCCCUGGAUAAGGUACAAGUUCCGCAAGCUCUGCAAGAAGCAGCGAGAAGAGGAGGAGGAGGAAGAGGAAGACCCCUGCAAAAGGCAGUGGCGGGACAAUUACGACCUCAACGAGGUUGACACCUCCAGCUUGUUUGAUGAGUUCUUGGAGAUAGUGAUCCAGUACAGCUUCACCACCAUUUUCGUCGCUGCCUUUCCCCUCGCCCCGCUGCUGGCGUUCAUCAACAACCUCAUUGAGAUCCGCCUGGAUGCCAGAAAGAUGAUGCAGCUGUAUCGGCGCGCAGUGCCCAUGAAGGCCAACGACAUCGGCAUCUGGCUGCAGGUCCUGGAGGCCAUCGGCAUCCUGGCUGUCAUCGGGAACGGACUGGUGAUGGCCAUCACGUCCGAUUUCAUUCCCAUGCAGGUCUACAAGUACAUGUACAGCCCCUGCGUGACAGAGAACAACACUGACGUGGACUGCCUGACCGGCUACAUCAACUACAGUCUCUCCACCUUCCGCAUCCAGGACUUCGAGCCAGAUACCGAGGUGCCCAAAACGCAGCUGGACAGGAAUGAGAUCAAGGAGUGCAGGUACCGGGAUUACCGGAACGCUGAUGACUACAGCUACACCGUCCAGUUCUGGCACAUCUUGGUGAUCCGACUCGCCUUCCUCAUCAUCUUUGAGCACGUGGCACUCUGCGUCAAACUGAUUGCAGCCUGGUACAUCCCCGAUGUCCCUCAGUCAGUGAAGAACAAAUUCCGGAGCAGAAAACACAACAACGUUCGUAAAGAACUGAGCAUGAUGGAGUACUCCACCACGGUGUAGCCACAGCUCAUCCAGGAGGAGAAACACAGACUUGACCCCCUUUACUCAGCGCGGCGGCACCGUGGGCGCAGGAGGAACCACAGUGGCACCACUCACGGAGAUGGGCUGCGUGUCCCGGCUCUGACUGACCUUGGAUUUGAGCUGGGAAGCAACAAUGAGACAGUGGCUUUGUAGGAGCAGGAUGCUUCCCACCACACACUGUGUAGCUGUGGCACUGGAGACAAAUUGGGGCGCAGAAUCCAGAUGCCGUUGGGUGAGCACACUGCUGGUCUGCAGGAGUUGACCCAGCUUCCUCACUCCAUGUGCGACUCUGCAUCCCAGGAAAAGCUGGUUACCUCCUUCCAGAUUCCCUCUCCAGCUCUUUUUAUGCGCUGUGGCCCCUUUUGACCUCCCUGCUCUUGCACCACUGAGAAGCCCAAGUCCACAGCCAGCACCAUCCUCCUCUGGGCACAGCACUGCUGUUUGCAUGGACACUGGGAAGAGGCAGUUGUUAUCCUGCCUGGGUUGUGCUCCAGGCUCAGCCGAGCCUCUGCGUUUGCCCUGCGCGCAGCCGGCAGCUCUGCCGGGCUCGGCUCCGCCAGCACGAUGCCAAAUAAACCUCACACUGCUGUGGACAC